UUGUGCAUAGACUGUCAUACAACCCCGUGCGGACUAGCCGGCGUCUUAAAAUGGUCGGUGAUAUUUCAGCCACUGCCAUUGAUUGCUGUGUACAGGAUCUUUUUAAGAAAUAUUUUACAGCUGCAGAAAAAACACAAAAAGUGCUAUCUCUCUUUGUUAGGACAGUGCGGCUCCUGUUGGGCAUUUGCGGCUGUGGCCUCUGUGGAGUCCGCCCAUGCGAUAGCUAAGGGCCCACUGGUGCGCCUCAGCGAACAAGAGUUGAUCGACUGUGAUACACAAAACUAUGGCUGUAAUGGUGGAUACAGACCGUAUGCGAUGAGUUUUGUGAGGAAAAACGGCUUAGUGAAAGAGGACGAAUAUCCUUACCGUGGGGCCGAUCACAACGAAUGUGCACUAGACGUGAACUCAACGGGUCGAGUAUUCAUUCACGACUAUCGCACUCUGUCACCUAAUGAAGAGAUUAUCGCUGACUGGAUUGCCACUAAGGGACCAGUUACAUUUGGCAUGAAUGUCACAAAACCUUUGUACAGCUAUCGCAACGGUAUAUUUUCACCAUCGAAAGAAGACUGUGAGAAGAACUCACUUGGCUCUCAUGCUCUGAUUUUCGUUGGCUACGGUACUGACAGUGGCGGUGAGAGGUACUGGUUGGUGAAGAACUCAUGGGGAUCGCGCUGGGGUCAGAACGGAUACUUCAAAUUGGCUCGUGGUCAAAACGCUUGCGGUGCUGCAAACAGUGUUGUCACGCCGAUCAUUGAACAGAACUAG